CGGGAGGGGGCCUGUCGCUAUGGCGACCGCGGCGGAGGGACUCCUUGAGGCCAGCGCGCAGCCCACCAAACAGGAUCCUGCUGUUGAAACAGCGGAGGAAGCUAAGGAACCACCAGAGGCAGACAUAAAUGAACUGUGUAAAGACAUGUUCAGCAAAAUGUCCACAUAUUUAACAGGUGAACUGACAGCCACCAGUGAAGACUACAAACUUUUGGAAAACAUGAAUAAGCUGACUAGCUUGAAGUACCUAGAAAUGAAAGAUAUUGCUAUAAACAUCAGUAGAAAUCUGAAGGAUUUAAAUCAAAAAUAUGCUGCUCUUCAGCCUUAUCUGGAACAAAUCAACCUUAUUGAGGAACAGGUUGCAGCUCUGGAGCAGGCAGCUUAUAAAUUGGAUGCAUAUUCCAAAAAACUUGAAGCCAAGUACAAAAAACUGGAGAAACGAUGAAAUCACAACAGUCUUUAAGUUGGAGUUGAGCUGAGUCAGACUGAUCUCAAUGUUUAAGUUGCACAACAGCAAUUAUGUAUGUUGACAAGAUUUUGUUACAGCUAACCUCAAGACUGGUAAAUUUUUCUAUUUGUUGAAUACAGUAGGCUGUAUUCAGGCUUAAGGCUGAGCAAUAUUUUCCCCUUCUCAAGAGGUUCUAUUGCCUCAGUUGUUCUGCAGUGAAAAGUAGAAGCCUAUACAUAACCUGUAUGUUGAUACUGGCUGUCUGUGUGUUAGUCCCAUGUCCCACACGAAGUGCUCUAUCCAGGAAGAGCCCUCCAUACCCUAUAAAGACAUUUCCCCAUAGUAAUAGCAAGACCUAAACUUCAUUUUUUUCCCUUAAUUGAGCUCUAUGUUGAGAAGAUACCUGGGCCUUUGCAGUUAUGAGCGUGGUAUUUAAAACAACUUGUUUUGGUAUCCACCUUUAUCUGUUUGA